AUGAUAUUGUCUAUUCUACUAUGUUUCCUCUCUAUAGCAUGGACUAAGCAGGACUGGAAGGAUUGCGGCCCUGGGAAGGCUCGCUUCCACCUCGACUUAACUUGGGAGACCGGUUCGCCUGAUGGGUUCGCUCGAGAGAUGAUCCACGUAAACGGACAGUUUCCGGGUCCUACGCUGAACAUCAACCAAGGUGAUGCGGUCGAGAUCGUCGUUCAUAAUCACAUGCCAUAUAACACCACCGUUCAUUUCCACGGCAUCGAGCAAAUAGGUACGCCCUGGUCAGAUGGUGUUCCUGGACUAUCACAGCGCCCGAUUCUGCCUGGAAGCAGCUUCACAUAUACCUGGACUGCGUACCAAUACGGCAGCUACUUCUAUCAUGCGCAUAGCCGUGGUCAAAUUGAUGAUGGGUUAUACGGAGCUAUCACCAUCAAGCCAAGUCUGGAAGAACCUAAAUCGUUUGGUACGAUCGCGAAGACCCAAAAGGAUCUCGAUAGCUUGGUAAAGGCGGAAGCCGAGGUGAAGCCGUUAAUAUUUGGUGAUUGGAGGCAUGUUACUUCGUCUGAAACGUGGGAGCUGGAGCAAGCGGCUGGUAUUGAGACAGCGUGCGUGGACUCUUUGCUGGUCAAUAGGAAGGGGUUUGUCAAUUGCUGGUCGCGAGAGGAUAUUCAGACUUUUACGAGCCCGCCUGCGAAGCAAGUCCUGGGCGGUCUGAAUUACACCGAUAAAGGAUGCCUUCAACCUCAAGUCCUAAUAGCUCUUUUCCCUGGCAAAUCUCCCACGAAUAUCAGCUCGCUUCCGAAAGAGAUUUUUGAAGUCUGCACGCCUACCAAUGGCUCGACAGCAGUUAUUGAAGUCUCACUAGCUGACAACGAAUGGGUCGCCUUCGAUAUGAUCUCGACGGCAGGCUUUCAAACCCUGACCGUCUCCAUCGACGAGCACCCACUCUGGAUCUAUGCCGUCGACGGCCGCUACGUCGAACCAAUCCUAGUAGAAGCCAUCACCCUAGAAAACGGCGAACGCUACUCCGUCUUCACCAAACUCGACAAACCCGCCGGCGACUACAAGAUCCGCUCCUCCGGCAUCGCCCUCGCGCAGAUCAUGUCCACCACCGCAACGCUCUCCUACGCCGGGCUCGUAAAGCAGCAGAAAGCAUCAGUCCCAUAUACCAACAUGGCCGGCGGCAACACAACAGCCGACGUAGCUUUCUUCUCUCAAGCCCAACAAAAAGGGUUUCCCGCCUCCUCGCCGGCAAAGACCGUCGACCAGACCAUCAUCCUCGGCCUCGUCCCAGCCGGCGCGAGCUACCUCUGGUCUCUCAACGGCACAUCCUACAGCAUGUCUCUCGAAGAUACCUCCCCGCUCCUCUUCGCAAGCCCCUCCACCGUCCACUCCAACCUCACGAUUACGACAAAGAACAACACCUGGGUCGACCUGAUCCUCAACGUCACCACCCCCGGGCAGCCGCCGCACCCCAUCCACAAGCAUUCCAACAAAGGCUACAUUAUUGGCGCGGGAACCACUGUGUUUAACUACUCCAGCGUGGAAGAGGCGCUGAAAUAUAUUCUGGAGAAUUUCAAUUUUGAGAAUCCGCCGCUGAGGGAUACGUUCACGACGCCGCCGUCGGCGACGGGGCCGACGUGGUUGGCGGUGAGGUAUCAUGUCGUGAAUCCGGGGGCUUUUUUGCUGCAUUGCCAUAUUCAGAGUCAUUUGGUGGGCGGGAUGGCGAUGGCGAUUUUGGAUGGGGUGGAUGAGUGGCCGGAGGUGCCGGGGGAGUAUGAGGGGUAUCAUUGA